GCCGUCGUCGUCGUCGUGUUUUUUGGAGUUUUGUUGUGAUCUUGCCCGCAGAGUGUGCGAGUUGUUACAUAAAAUCGGCCAAUUUUGGAAGCGGCAUGAAAAAUUAUCAUUAAAAUAACAAUCAACACCAGCGCAAAUGCGUUUCCGUCGUAGCCAAACGCUCAAACAACUGCUGGACCUGUGGCCGGGCAAGAAGUACCUGGGCAUCUAUCGGUUUCUGCCGCUGUUCUUCGGACUCGGUGCUACGCUGGAAUUUUCCAUGAUCCACUGGCGUGUGGGCGAUACCAAUUUCUAUAACACAUUUAAGAAAAGGCAAGCUAAGGACAUCGUCGAGGAGCGAUUGCGACUUCACCAACUGGAACCGAUUCGAGAGGUCAACUAGCAAAAAUGCCGGCGGGUGUUUCGACAAAGGAAUACGUUAAGUUUAUGGCGGCGGCUAUGUUUUCGAUGUUUGCCGGUUCGCAGCUCGUGCACACGUACUACAAUCCGCUAAAGGAUUUAAACUAUUACAUAGAGAAGGAAAUCCAAUCGCAACGGUUACGAGAAGUUCCACAGCCGGACGAAGCGAGAGGUGCCACUGAUCAUGGAAUAAAAAAGUAAUAUGAAAGACUA